CUUUCUCUCUCGCCUUUUUAAUUUCAAGAGAGGUCCUAACCAUCGAAAUCCAUUGGGGAGGAAGGGCAGAAGCGAUACAGGGUCGAUCAACAUGGCGAUCCUAUACGCGCUGGUGGCGCGGGGCUCUGUGGUCUUGGCGGAGUUCAGCGCGACGCAGACGAACGCGAGCGCGAUCGCCCGGCAGAUCCUCGAGAAGAUCCCAGGGACAAACGAUAGCCAUGUCUCCUACUCGCAGGAUCGCUACAUCUUCCACGUCAAUCGCACCGAUGGCAUCACCGCCCUGUGCAUGGCAGAUGAUACCGCCGGCAGAAGAAUUCCGUUUGUAUUUCUUGAAGACAUUCAUGGAAGAUUUGUGAAGACAUAUGGGCGUGCAUGCCAUACAGCUCUUGCUUAUGGCAUGAAUGAUGAAUUUUCUAGGGUCUUAAGUCAGCAAAUGGACUAUUAUUCAAAUGAUCCUAAUGCAGAUAGGAUUAACCGCAUCAGAGGUGAAAUGAGUCAGGUAAGGAAUGUCAUGAUAGAUAAUAUUGACAAAGUCCUAGAAAGAGGUGACCGUUUGGAAUUGUUGGUUGAUAAAACUACAAGCAUGCAAGAUAAAACAAUCCGCUUCCGAAAGCAGGCUCGCCGUUUCAGGAAUACCGUGUGGUGGCGGAAUGUUAAACUCACGGCUGCGCUGAUUCUUAUCCUUCUGAUCAUAAUAUAUGUAGUGCUUGCAUUUGUGUGCCAUGGGAUCACACUCCCUACUUGUAUCGGUUAACGGCUAUUUUUUUUAUUUUUCUCUCUUUUGUAAUAUUGCAAACAGUACACGGACAAUUAACUUAUUUGAAUUUGAUGAUGUUGUAUUAUUGGCGA